AUGGACCACCACGUCGUGCUGUUUCUUACCAAUGCCGAGCUCAGCCAGGCCAAUGUCCAUCUCGCUGUCGCUUACGAACUGCUCCUGCGACCCGGCUACGAUGUGCACAUUGCCUCCUUCGAGCCGCUGCGCGACGAAGUCGGCAAGCUCAACGCCACCAUCGCCAUGUUGAACACCAGUUCUCCAGCCAAUGCGGCCACUUUCCAUCGCCUCGCUGGUGCGACCUUGAAAGAGGCCUUUGCGCAGCAUCCGGAGCUGGCGGUCGAACACCUGCGCGCCCCCGGCUUUGGCAUUCGUGCCACGGCUGCGUAUAAGGGCCUGAUUCCCGUGACUCUCGCGCUCUGGGAUAAUGGUGCCGAUUACUUGACUAUCUACCACAGCUGUGUCGAGGCUAUCCAGCAGGCCAGGCCUACUCUCAUCGCGGUCGAUCCGUUUCUCGCGCCCGGGAUCGAUGCUUGUCAGGUUACCAACUCGCGGUUCUGUCUUCUCAGCCCGAAUACCUUUCUCGAGCAUAUCCCGUCUCUGCGGUUGACCAAGCCAUGGAAGUAUCCACAGAUCAACUCGGGGUUCCCCUUCCCCGUUCCCUUGAAACUCAUCCUGCCAAACAUCUACCUUCUCAUCCGCCUCAUCUUCGCGCUUCGAUCGGCGCCGGUCUGCAAGAGCCUGGAGCAGUUUCGCAACGCCAAUGGCAUCCCCGGGCCCACGCCGUCGUUGCUGAACACCCAGCUGCGCCGGGUUCCCUGCCUGCUGCCAUCGCGCCGGGACACAGACUUUCCAUGCUCGAUUCCCUCGAACUUCACCUGCUGCGGCCCCAUCCUGCGCCCGUACCGUCCGAUCACCGAAGAAAAUCCGGCACUGGCUACAUGGCUGGCGCGCCAGGCGACGGUUCUUGUCAACAUGGGGUCGCACGUUACCUGGACUCCGUUGGAGACGGCUCGGUUUGCAGCGGGUCUGAAGACAUUGCUUGCUCAUCGGGCAGAUAUCCAAGUCCUGUGGAAGCUACAGCGCGCGUGUCCAGGCGGACAGCCUCUUAGUCAACAUUCGAUGGAGGGAUUGGAGACCAUUGUGAACUUCAUCCAGAACGACCGAGUCAAAGUGCUUUCCUGGCUGCCCGUGGAACCGAUUUCGGCCCUGCAGAGCGGGCGCAUUGUCUGCAUGGUGCAUCACGGAGGAUCCAACUCGUACCACGAGGCUAUCCGAGCCGGCGUCCCCCACGUCGUCCUCCCAGUCUGGCUCGACACGUACGACUUCGCUGCGCGAGUGGAAUGGCUCGGCAUUGGUGUCUGGGCGAGUCAUCGGACAGCACCGAUUGUCGAUAGUGGGGACCUCGGGGCGGCACUGAUGCGGGUGAUGGCUAGCAGCGAGUCGACUGGAAUGAUGCAGCGAGCUCAGCGGAUCGCUAAUGGAUUGGGAACGGAAGGCCGAGUUGUGGCCUGUGAGAAGAUAGUGGAGAUGGUGAGCCAGACGCUCGGGAAGUGA